AUGACCAACGGAAUCAAGUUACUCUGCCACAAAAAUUACAGGAAGGGCCAUACUUCCACCACCUGCGUAAAUAUGAUGUCAAAUUUCGAUUCCCCCCUCACUCCUGCAUCUGCAACACCUUCUUCACCUCUUUCUACCAUCGACUCACGAUCACCAACUCCUCCGCUGGCCUGUGAUUCAGUACCGCCACAAUAUAGACCCUCCAAAACCAAGAUCUUGCCAAAAAAGCGCAAAAACGGUCCAAACGAGCAAGAGCCAGCGCAAAAAAAAUUGAAAGUCUCAGGAUCACGCGAAACCAGCACAGAAUACUUGGAUAUAAUUUCUCUCAACCAAAGCAAUGAUGAGGAGCAUCACAGAGAGCAAGACCCUAAGCUCAAUAAAUUACUAGAAGUUCUCAGAACCAAACGGAAGAUAGUUGUAUUUGCUGGUGCUGGAAUUUCUGUCUCCGCUGGUAUACCGGAUUUCAGAUCAUCUAAAGGCCUCUUUAAGACAUUAUGCACUGAUCAUAAACUCAAAGCAUCCGGCAAGCAACUUUUUGACGCUGACGUGUACCGGAGUAACGAUGCUACGAGUUCAUUUCAUGCAAUGGUGCGAGAAUUAUCCAAGCAAACAAAGAAUGCAAACCCUACUCCAUUUCACAAUAUGCUUGCAACUUUAGCUGAAGAAGGCCGCCUAAUGCGACUUUAUACCCAAAAUGUUGAUGGAAUUGACGUACGAAUACAGCCUCUUGCCACAAACGUGCCUCUAAAUGUCAAGGGCCCCUGGCCCAAAGCUAUACAACUUCAUGGAGGAUUAGGGAAAAUGGUUUGCUCAAAGUGUGGCUAUCUCGCUGACUUCGACGCCUCGCUAUUUGAAGGUCCUAUAGCGCCACCUUGCACUGAGUGUGAGGAGAAGGAGGGCGUACGAGAGGCUGCAGGCCUGCGAAGCCACGGGGUCGGGCGAUUGCGCCCGAGAAUUCUCCUUUACAAUGAGCAUAAUCCUGACGAAGAUGCGAUUGGAGCUGUAAGUUUUGCCGAUAUCACAAAGGGUCCAGACGCAGUUAUCGUUGUCGGAACAAGUCUCCAGGUUCCUGGUAUCCGAAGACUAGCGAAAGAAAUGUGCCUCAGAACUAGGGAUCGAAAAAAUGGCUUUACAGCGUGGAUCAAUCGUGAUCCAGAGCCGUCCGGCUGUGAUAUAAGAGACUGCUGGGAUAUGGUUGUUAGGGCUGACUGCGAUGAUAUUGCACGAAUAGUUGGUCUCCCCAACUGGGACGACAAAGACUGCGGGAAUUAUUCUAUCGUAGAGAAUAAAGCAAAACUCCGACCUAGCAAUAGUUGUCACGUACUGGUAGAAUCAAAGGCACAACUCCGAUCUAGAAAAGGAAUACUUACACCUACCGGAACACCUCGGAAACCUUUGGAUCUUAGAAGUGUUGCCAGUCCCCCAGACCUCCCCGGAUCGAGACAACAAAGAUUAGAAUUAGGAAAUACUACAGCUUCUUCGAAAGAGAAGGUACCGGCUAAGAAACCAAGGAGAAAACCACUUCCCUCUCAACCAACGAAAAAAAUUACCAGUAAAUUUUCCGCCUCGAAAUUUUUGACAACCAAUCGGCAGCCUAGCAAGAAGCGCAAAUUAAAUACCGCAUCAAAUCUUGAUAAUCCAUCCCGCACGUUAAAACCCCAUGCCAAACAAUUAAAACCGACCUGA